ACUCCCGGGGCAUUUUGCAAACAAGGCUGAAAGCGCGUCCGCCCCUUCUACAGUGCCCGAUUCUCGUUCCGCGCCCCCCGCCCCUCCCUCGCUACGAGCCUUCGGCCCAGCCUUUCCAGCAGUCCAAGAGGCUUGAAAGGAAGCCUUGCACGGAGGGAGAUCAAGACCUGACUCCGGAGUUGAAUAUAUAACUUGGAAAUCUUUCCUGGUUCCCUUGGAGUCUGAAGUAUCUUGUGUGGGAAGAGGGCUGAAUGGCCUUUAGGAGAUUUGGCCAGACAUCCUCUGAUUAGUAAAACUUGGGAGAUCCAUCCAUCCAUUUUGGAGCUGGAUUAGAAUACCAGAGAAAUGAUGGAGGGACAACAUCCACCAGAUCCAGGAGUUGCAAAAGGCCCUCCAGUUACUCAGCCUUGGAGCUGUGAGGAAAAUGGGGCAAGUUCUGGGCAGAAGAGCCAAGAAGAGGAAGCCAACAGUUCAGAGGUUCAAUGCUGUGACUUCAGAAAAGUGCAGUUCCAGGAGGGGAAGAGUCCCCGAGAUGUUUGCAGUCAGGUUCACCACCUUUGUCAUCAAUGGCUGCAGCCGGAAAGACACACAAAAGCUCAGAUGCUGGACUUAGUGCUCCUGGAGCAGUUCCUGGCUGUCCUUCCUCCAGAGAUGGAGAAAUGGGUGCGAGAGUGUGGAGCACAAACCAGUUCCCAGGCGGUGGCCCUGGCCGAAGGCUUCAUCCUGGCCCAGGAAUCGGAAAAGAUGCAGAAAUCCUUGGAAGCUGUGACUGAGUAUCCCAAGGGGAGGAAAGAUUCAUUCAGAUCUUCUCAAGAGCUGCUGUUCAGGGAGACCUUACACAAAGAUCAAAGCCAGGACACAACUCCAGAGAGUAGAAAACUGUCCUUGGAAUUUUUUGAAUCACUUCAUCUUUGUGGUGGAGCUAAAGGAUUGGCUGAACCACUAUUUCAGGAUGUUGUGUCUUUUGAGGAAGUGGCUGUGCAUUUCUCCAAGGAGGAGUGGUCUCAACUGGACUCUGAUCAAAAAGCACUCCAUGGAGAAGUCAUGCUGGAGAAUUCCAGAAAUCUGGCUUCUCUGGGCUAUAAUGGGCAGGAGAAUAAGAAUUGCAAGAAGGAAUGCCAAGCGAUCCAUUCAAAAGAGGGGAAAGGGAAAUUAUAUCAAUACAUGGAGAGCUUUAGCAGGAAAAGAGUUUUGAUUCACCAUAAAACUGUCCAUACAGAGGAGAAGCCAUAUCAAUGCAUGGAAUGUGGAAAGACCUUCUCUUAUUAUAGAUCUCUUAUAAGACAUCAAAGGAAUCACAAAGGAGAAAGACCUUAUAAAUGUAUGGAAUGUGGAAAGAGCUUUACUUGUAGUAGUGGUCUCAAUUCCCAUAUGGGGAUCCACACAGGAGAGAAACCAUAUCAAUGCAUGGAGUGUGGAAAGAACUUUAUUUCUAGUGGUUGUCUUAAUUCCCAUAAGAGGAUUCACACAGGAGAGAAGCCAUAUCAAUGCAAGGAAUGUGGAAAGACCUUCUCUCAUAAUUACUCUCUUUUAAUUCAUCAUAGGAAUCACACAGGAGAGAAGCCAUAUCAAUGCAUGGAGUGUGGAAAGGGUUUUAGCAAGAGUAGUCAUCUUGCCUCCCAUAAGAGGAUCCACACAGGAGAGAAACCGUAUCAAUGCAUGGAGUGUGGAAAGACCUUCUGUUAUUCUAAGUCUUUAAUAAUGCAUCAAAUGAAUCACAAAGGAGAAAGACCUUAUAAAUGCAUGGUGUGUGGAAAGAGCUUUACUUGUAUCAGUCAUCUUAAGACUCAUAAGAUGAUCCACAUAAUAGAGAAGCCAUAUCGUUGUGUCGAGUGUGGAAAGACCUUCUGUUACAAUCGUUCUCUUAUACUCCAUCAAAUGAUUCACAAAGGAGAAAGACCAUAUCAAUGCAUGGAGUGUGGAAAGACCUUUACUUGCAGUAGUAAUCUCAAUUCACAUAAGAGGAUGCACACAGAAGAGAAACCAUAUCAGUGUAAGGACUGUGGAAAGAUCCUUACUUCUACCAGUAGUCUUAAUUCCCACAAGAAGACCCACAUAGGAGAGAAGCCAUAUCAAUGCAUGGAAUGUGGAAAAAGCUUUAGUAGGAAAUACGCUCUGAUUCACCAUAAAACUAUCCAUACAGAGGAGAAGCCAUAUCAAUGCAUGGAAUGUGGAAAAACCUUCUGUUAUUAUGACUCUCUCAUAAGACAUCAAAGGAAUCACAAAGGAGAAAGACCUUAUCAAUGCUUGGAGUGUGGAAAGAGCUUUAGUUGCAGCAGACAUCUUGAUUCCCACAAGAAGACCCACUCAGGAGAAAAGCCAUAUAAAUGUGUUGAAUGUGGAAAAGGCUUUAGGUGGAAUUCUGCUCUUACCACCCAUAAAAGGAUCCAUACAGGAGAAAGACCGUAUCAAUGCAUGGAGUGUGGAAAGACCUUUACUAGUAGCAGUAGUCUUAAUUCCCACAAAAGGAUCCACACAGGUGAGAGGCCAUAUAAAUGUGUGCACUGUGGAGAAGGCUUUAGAAGGACUUGUGACCUCACUUCCCAUAAAAGAAUCCAUACAGGAAAAGAAACCAUAUGAAUGCAUGAAGUGAGGAAAGAGAUUUGCAAGGAGUAACACUGUCACUUGCCAUAGAAGGAUGACUACCCUAUGGAUAAAGGAAAUUUGAGAAGAGCUUCAAUAGAAAUGCAGGUAGUCCUCAAGUUUGUGACUGCAAUUCAUCCCAAAAUUUCUGUUGCUAAGAAAGAUAGUUGUUAAGUGACUUUUACCCCAUUUUACUAUUUUUCUUGCCACAUUUGUUAUCUGGAUAACUUAGUAAAACUUGUUAAGUGACUCUGGCUUCCCCAUUGUCUUUGCUUGUCAGAAGGUCGCAGAAAGUGAUCACACAACCCUGGGACACUGCAACUGUCAUAAAUAUGAGUCGGUUGUCAAACAUUUGAAGUUUUCUCAGGUGGUCAUGGGGAUUCUGAAACGGUGAUAAGUGUGAAAAAUGGUCAUAAAUCAUUUUUUUUCAGUGCUGUGUAACUGAACAAUCACUAAAUGAACUGUUGUAAAUUGAAGACUUCCUAUAGUUGUCUAAAAUCUCAUGCAAGGACCAUUUGAGUAAUAAUCCAAAUAAAUUGGAGUCCUUAGAUGUGCAUCCAUAAAUUGCCUUUCUAGUGCAAACCAGAACAAGGUGGAUCCCGAAUCCUGCUUGUGGUUUUUCCAAGUUCAAAUAAUUCAAAGGCCUUUUUUGCAUGUACAAAUAUUCUGGAUUGUUUUUCAUUAUACUGACUGUUUUUCACCACCAGCCCAUGGUGAGUUAAGUGAUGCCGUGUCUUUCUCGCAGUGCCUGGAGGCUGUUAGGGGUUGGAUGGGGAGCAAUGGGUUGAAACUAAACUCUGGCAAGACCGAGUGGCUCUGGGUUUGGGGUUCUUUGGCUCAGGGAGAAUUGCCAUCUUUGGUCUUGGAUGGGGUGGCACUACCCCAAACAGACCCUGUGUGUAAUCUGGGGAUUCUCCUGGACUCAACGACUCCUACUCAAAGAGCAGGUGAUGGUCGCGGCCAGGAGGGCCUUCGCACAACUGCGAGUUGUGCGCCAGUUACGCCCUUUCCUGGACCGGCAAUCCCUACUCACAGUCACUCUUGCCUUAAACACUUCCCAUCUUGACUAUUGCAAUACGCUCUACAUGUGGCUGCCCUUGAAGAGCAUCCGGAAGCUCCAGUUGGUGCAAAAUGCAGUGGGCUGCAUGAUUUGGUGCAGAUCCCAGUGUGCACAUGUAUCACCUCCCCUGCAGGAGCUGCACUGGUUGCCGAUUUGCUUCCGGGUGCAAUUAAAGGUGUUGGUUGUCUCCUUUAAAGCCUUUCAUGACCGGGGACCAGUUAUCUAAGGGACCGUCUCUUGCCGGUCAUAUCUAUCCGACCCAUCAGAGUGGGGAGGCAGGGAAUGCUGCGGGUCCCAUCCCCGAGUGAGAUACACCUGGUGGGACCUAGAAAAAGGGCCUUCUCAGUGGUGGCUCCCUCUCUCUGGAACAUCACUCCCCCAGAGAUUAGAACGGCCCCCCACUCUAAUUCUCUUCCGGAAGGCGCUUAAGACCUGGUUCUCCUAGCGGGCCUGGGGAACCCAGAGCAGGAUGGAGCCCAUUAAAUGGCUUGUGUGAUCGGCUGUUUGCUGGAGUGGGGAGUGAUUUUAUUACAUUAAUGUAUUUGAUUUUUUAUUAGAUUUACUGUUUUUUAAAUGUUUUUAUAUUCUGUAAACUGCCUUGAGUUGCCAUGGGCGAAUAGGCAGCAAUAUAAGUUUAAUAAAUAAAUAAGUAUUGUUUCAAAUAUUCCAAAGUAUCAGACACAAGUAUCACAUUAUUCUUCAACUAUCUUUUAGGUUAAAAAAAAAUCCCAUAACAUUAUUAGAGGUUAUCUCAAUAUUUCUGUUCUGAUAUUGGCCGAAGUAUCUUGACCGAGCCCUUUUUUGGCUGUUCUACUUCUUCCAUCCCUGCUUGCCUGAGGAAGGCUUCAGUGAGAGGUUUGAUUGCUGCACCCAGGAUGUUUGUUGCUUACAAAGUCUUGCAGUCUGUGAAGGCCAAAUUCCCUUCCUUUAGCAGCUAAGAUUUGUUUUCAUACAUAGUGCUUAAUGAGUCCCUUUGUCAGAGGUUCUUUUUAAACCAUACCCAGUUUGAUUGACUUCAUCUGAAACAUCUAUCAAAAGUACUGGAUUCUAGGGAAUUUAAAUUUUGUCGCCCGAUAAGGAUUGUGGAGAUGUUUUAUUUUGAAAAAAUAUCCAAGAUACAAAAGUGAAACAAAUGUGCAAAUUCUUUUUUUGUUUUUUGUCUUGUACUAGAUCUAUAGUGUAGUAAACAUACAAACAAUAUGUAAGUUCUUUCUAUGUUUAAUUUCCUAUAAUAGAUUUUUAGUAUAUUUGUACUAUACAAUAUUCUCUAUAAUAUACUAUUAUUGAUAUACUAUUAUACUAUAUAUUAUUGUCCAUAUAAUAUAUACUAUUUCAGUGAUGGGAUUCAAAUAAUUUACAACUGGUUCACUGCCCUAAUGACCAGCUGGGUAGGCGUGACUGGGUGGUCAUGUGACUGGGUGGGCGUGGCCAAGUCAACAUCACUCAUGUCAUCCAGCCUCUCCUUGCCCAGCCACUCACCUCAACGUAUCUAUAGUUCUGUAAAAAUGUUCAUCUUUUUUCGACUUUAUUAUCUGCAUCCUCCUGAUAUAUAAAAGGACUUGGAAUAAAUAAAUAAAUCAGAGUUUGGUGCUACUUUCAUUUAUUUCAUACCAUGUGCUCUGCCAUACUAUAAACCUCUUAGAUCCAGCAAUGUAUUACACCACCUUUAGUUAUAUAAAUGUACUGAAAUGCUCCCUAUAAUUGCUGAUCAGCCUCACAUGUUAUUGUGUGGAAAUGUGGGGGCAUUCCUCCUUAGUGAAUUGACAGUAACAUUUCUCCAAUCUAACCCAAGCAAUCACAAUAAAGAAGCAACAAAUAUGAUGGAGCUGAUUCCUGGCAACUGUUUAAUGAGAUUUUAUUAUUCAGUGAAACUGAAAUUCAGUUUAUUUUUAAAUAGUUCAUUUGAUUUUCACUGUGUUCCAAUAUUAAAUUUUAAUUACACUUCUUUGAGGAGAGGCAAUCUCUUAAGUUUCCAUGAAUGUGUACCCAUCAUCAUCCAUCCAUCAUCUUUGGGAUUUCUAUGGAAUAUCUUUGCUGGGUGUGAUUAUGAUUAAUUCCUUUACUUAAAAAUCACUCGCAAAGGAGUAAGAAUCUGCAUAAGGCAAAUGCAUACAUGCUUUAAAUAAAAACCUACAAUUUACUUGGA